CCUCUCAACCCUCUUUCUCUCUAACCUCUCUGAACCCUACUCUCUCUCUCUCACUUCUCUCACCUCUACGCUCUGUUUAUGCACCGCCAUGCCACCACGAGCUGCACAGAAGCGAGCCACUGCCUCGAAAGCAACAGGAAAAUCCCCCUCCGAUUCGUCCCCGAAGUCUCCUGCUAAACGCUCUCUGCAACAAACACCUUCUCAAGCGAAAACCCCUCAACAUAUAAUCAAGGAUCCGGUUAAAGAGCAAGCUUCUAAAUCCAUUGACUCUAAAAUCUCUUCAAAUGAACCAGAAGUGAAAGAUUCAGAUACAAAAGAAAUCAGGGCUGUUGAGGAUGUGUCCAAUAAGAAGAGAGUGGGCGAAAUUGUGGCAAAUGUGGUGGUUGAGACCUCUGUUAUUAAAGAAGCCGUGGACACGGCGAAAGAUCAAGCCAUGGAAAAUGUAGCUAAAGAGGAAGAACAGGAAGAAGAAGAAGAAGUGGAAGAAGAAAUCAUAGAAGAAAUUGAAGAGGAGGAGGAGGAGGAGGAGGAAGAAGAAGAAGAUGGUGGGGAUGGUGGUUCAGAGCACAGAAGUGAGAUUAGAAAGAUAAAACAAAAAGAUUAUGAGAUCUUUGUUGGUGGGCUUGACAAGGAUGCAGAGGAGGAGGACUUGGAGAAAGUUUUCGGAGAUGUUGGGGAGGUCGUUGAAAUUCGACUGGCAAAGAAGCCACAUACGGAUAAGAACAAAGGAUUCGCGUUUGUGAGGUUUGCCACCGUGGAGCAAGCAAAAAAGGCAGCUGCUGAGCUGAAGUUCCCAGUGGUGAGAGGUAAAGUGUGCGGAGUAACAAGAAGUAACGACAAUGAAACACUAUAUCUGCGGAAUAUAUGCAAAACUUGGACUAAAGAUGCUGUGAGUGAAAGGCUCAAAGCUUAUGAGGUGGAUAACCUUGUGGACGUUCAUCUAAUAGAUGAUCCCAGUAACAAAGGAAUGAAUAGAGGUUAUGCGUUUCUGGAGUUCAGCUGCCAUAUGGAUGCUGUUACUGCCUGUAAUAAACUUCAGAAAAGAGAUGUCUUCUUUGGCACUAACAUAAACGCAGAAGUUGCUUUCGCUCGGUCUGCUGUUGAACCAGAUGAGGAAGUUAUGGCGCAGGUAAAAUCUGUUUUCUUGGAUGGUCUACCUCCUACUUGGGAUGAAAAGCAAGUUGAGGAGCACUUCAAAAAAUAUGGAGAAGUUGAAAAGGUGCAGCUUGCUCGUCAUAUGCCCACUGCCAAGCGUAAGGAUUUUGGAUUCAUCAGCUUUACAACUAGGGAUGCGGCAUUGUCAUGCAUUGAAGGUGUCAAUAGAGAUGGAAUUGAGGAUGAUGGGCAGAAAGUGUCAGUGAAGGCUACUCUCAGGAAACCCUUGCCAAAACGCAAGCCUUCAGUAACAGGAGGUUGGAGAGGAUUCUUUAGUAGCUUUCGUGGAAGGAGGGACACACGACCCCAGGGACCUGGCCGCUCUUACCAAGCUAGGCCACGAGGAGAGCGGCGAUGGGACACGAGUUAUGAUGAUCGAUAUGGUGACCGUGGCCGUAGUAAAUAUCAAUCAGGUGUAAGGGAAUCAAGAAAAGAGGCAUCUUAUGUUUCAAGGACAUACGAAUUGAGGCCUGAGAGGGAUGAUAGGCAUAUACCUGGUCCAUCAUAUUUGCAAGAUAGAUAUAGAGAUCGAUACGACAGUUUGUCUGGUACAUAUAGCUCAGGGCAUCAGCCUGACUAUUAUUCGGAUUCGCGUGAGGGAAUUCGUUCUCAUAGGCUGUAUCCUGAAGAUGAUUAUAAUCCUCGUUACGAGCAAUACGAGCUUAGGGAACCUAGUGGUCGUGAUUAUUAUUCUUUUUCUGGUUCAAAACGCCCUUACUCCAGCCUUGACGGGGACAUUGUCCUAUCAAGAUCUUUUUCACGGGGAAGUAGAAGUCGUGAAGAUCUUGAGGUGACUCGUCAAUCACAUCAUGGUGUUCCAGCUUAUGGGACAUAUUCAAGGUUUGCACCAGAAGAUCGGUAUGAUUAUGGCAGUUCCACCUAUUCAAGCCGUGACUCUGGUAGCCAAUACUUGUCUGGAGGUGGUGGCUCAAGAUCUUACUACUGAAUGCAUCUGGUUGAUUUUGUGCCGUGUUACAGUAGGAAAAGUAUAUCAUAAUUGGGAAAAAGCUAUGAUGAUGAUGAUGAUGAUACCAUAAUCCAGUAUGCUAUGGAAAAUGAAAGUUGAUUGCCGUCAAUCACCUUCCAACCAAUGGAUUGUGCAUGGAGAGUUUUUUUUUUUUUUUCUGGGGUGAUGGGGGAGGGUUGGGCCACCAGAACAGAACAUGUUCCCUAUGAGGGAUGACCUCAAGGAUUGUGAGCAUACCAUAGUUUAUUGAAUUGUAGUGUACUUUCCCUCUAUACUUACUGCACGCAUUGCUCCUUUGUUUGAGACUGAUCUCCUUUUCAUUCAUUGCAAAUGUGAUGAUGUCAGAUAUAGGGAGCUCAAAAUUAUAUGGUUAGGGCUUCUCUGUUGCAGCCUUAUUAUGCAGAAGCAUGUGUUGGGAACUCCUGGGGCUGGUCAUUGAUUAGGAGAUACACAUUUGCCUGCAUAAAUAUAUUAAAUUAACAACAGUUUUUAUU